UUGCGCUGUGACAGGGAGGAAGAAGCAAGGGCGUCUUUUGGGGCGACGCGCAAGCAAGCCAGAACCUUGGGGCUGACAGAGGCGAAACGCGAUUGCGACAACCAUCACACAUUCUGCAACCCGCCAAAGAAAAGCGCAGAGUACUGGCAUCGAAACUGCGCAAGAGGUGGACAGCAUGGACGAGAAUAACAGAAUAACGAUUACCGUGUGCGGUGACGGAGGAUGCGGAAAGAGCUCAAUCACAUUACGGCUCGUGAGAAGUGAAUGGACGUCCGAAUAUGAUCCUACAAUAGAAGACUCAUACUCGGUGACACGUACCAUAGAUGGCGUCCCCUACUACCUGAUGCUCACCGACACGGCUGGUCAAGAAGAAUACCGUGGUCUCUGGGCGGCAUCCAACUUGCAAUCUGAUGCCUUUCUUCUCGUCUACGACAUCACCGCCGCGAACUCGCUCGAUGCACUGGAUUACUUCAUGGAGAUGAUCGAUAUGGAGACGGACAACCGGUUAGACAAUGGCAAGAUACCACCUAUCAAGUGUGUGGUGGGUAACAAGUGCGAUUUGCAGGGUCAACGGGUGAUUGAGGCAAAGAAGGGGUUGGAGUGGGCGCGAAAUCGAAAAUGCGGCUUCAUGGAGACGAGUGCGAGAGAGAUGGUCAACAUCGAGGAGACAUUUGCUCUCCUUGUACGCCGUGUUGUAGAAGCUCGCAGACUUACUGCAAACGAGAACGCCGCAAACCGUACUGCCGCCCUACCCAUCUCAAAUGCAAAUCUUUCUGGAGCACAUACCUACAGCGAGAAGCACGAUUCCGACGAGUCAAGACAAAGCUUCUGGAGUAAACUGAAAUGCUGGUAGUUGCUUUCUCCAAUUUCAACUACCGCACUUACUGCGUGUUUGCGUUUUCCCUUGCGAAACCACACCGCUUUAGAGGGGUAAG